CGUCUCUCUGUCUUCCCACUUCUCCCUCAAAUCCCAGUUCUGAAUUUGUUUCGAAACUCAAAUUAGAGGAAAUUUGAUCGAAAGCAAAAGGCAACAUGCAAUUCUCUCUAGCAGUAGCAAAUUCACCGGUGUUCUCACUCUCACCCAGGGUCUCACCAAUCUUCUGUAAAGCCUCAGUUUCGUCUCCUGCAACUCCAUCGUCGUCUUCUUUUUCUUCUUCAUCUUCCCCGUUAUCGCCCCUAUCGAUUCCAUUUCACAAACAAAUAAGUGAGUACAAUCGGGAAUCUAAAAAUGAAGAACCCAUUUGUUCGACAUCGACGCCGGUGACGCUGUUGAAGAGGAAGAGACCGGCGAAUAUUAAUAUUCCGAUGGCCCCGUUGAGUUUUGAUCAUAUGGUUGGGACGCCAAGAGAUUUGGAUAAGUUGAAUGAGGUGGAGUUUGAAGGAGAGGGCUAUUCGGUGUAUUGUAAAAGAGGGAAAAAGGGUGCCAUGGAGGAUCGGUACUCGGCUGUUGUUGGACUUCAAGGAGAUUCUAAACAGGCUUUCUUUGGGGUUUUUGAUGGGCAUGGAGGAGCAAAAGCUGCUGAAUUUGCAUCAAAACACCUGAGUGCGAACAUUAUGGAUGAAUUGACAUGGAGAUGUGAAGAAGGAAUGAAAGAGGCUGUCAUAGAGGGUUACCUAACCACAGAUGCAGAGUUUCUGAAGGAAGAUGUCAGCGGUGGGGCUUGCUGUGUGACAGCACUGAUAAGGAAAGGCAACCUUGUGGUCUCAAAUGCUGGUGAUUGCCGUGCCGUCAUGAGCCGUGGAGGAGUUGCUGAGGCCUUGACAGUUGAUCACCGACCAUCAAUAACAGAUGAAAGAGAAAGGAUUGAGCGCCUGGGUGGCUAUGUGGAUUGUUGCCGUGGUGUUUGGAGAAUACAAGGGUCUCUUGCUGUAUCAAGAGGAAUUGGUGAUCGACGUCUUAAAAAAUGGGUCAUAGCAGAACCAGAAACAACAAUAUUGAAGAUUAGACCGGAGUGCGAAUUCUUAAUCCUAGCCUCUGAUGGACUUUGGGAUAAGGUUUGUAAUCAGGAGGCAGUAGAUGUAGUUCGACCUUUAUGCAUAGGUGUUGAUACGUCAGAGCCAUUUUCUGCUUGUAAGAAGCUAGCUGAUCUAUCAAUAACAAGGGGUUCCAUAGAUGAUAUAACUGUGAUGAUCAUUCAAUUGAAUCAGUUGGUAUCAUGAUUCGAGCUAGGAGGAAGUAACUCAGUUGAUAACAGGCAAAUCAGUUAUCUGCAAUUUUCCAGUUUCAAAGAAACUUGCAGGGGCCUUUGAAGCCAGUAAGCGGAAACUUUUUGUUCCAUGACUCAUUUUUCCGUGCGGCAUGGGGGGGAUUGUCCUCAGCAGCAAGAGAAAACAGAGCGCACCCCAUUUCCCUGUAAAUUUUUCUCCCCUUACAAUCAGUGGGUAAAGGUGACUCUUGACACUGACAAGUAUAGACCGAGUCCAAUCUGAUCUUUACUGAUGCUUAAUUAUAUUGAGAAAAUUUCAUCAUCAUGUUUGGUUCAAGUAUUAAGGAG